UUUCGAUUCAGACCCCGGCCGAGUGCAGAACAACUGCGCAGGAUCAGUCACAUUCAGACACAACAACGAAACGGUUUUUCUCUAACCGAACAGCAGAACGAAAAAUAGCCGUUAUGGAUUAGGCGCGAAGUGAACCCGCAGAACGAACCAAAAAGAAAAGAAACGUUAGGGACAGAUUUAUUCGAAAGCAAAACAGUGUUUUAACAUUACGAUUUUUGGUUUUUAUUUAAAGAAAAUUGUUUAGUUUUUGUUACCAUUAUAUUAGUUCAGUUGUAAGCUAUUUAUUUAUCACACCCAAAAAAAAACCCUCUAUACAAGUUUUGUGAAAUUUAGAGUUUGCCAAAGUUAAACGUGAAAGUGUGUUAUUACCUUUUCGUUAACCGUUGAGAAAUUGUUUAGUUGUGCAAAGUUUUCUAAACGCCGUUACAAUAGGUACCGUUACCAAAAUGUUCGCCAAAGCCAAGUUGAAGCGAUUCAACGACAUCCCAGUCGUCACCUCUCCUUCGCCAUUCGUGGAACCGAAGGAGAAGGAUUGCACCAAAAAAUCGAAGAAAGAGGAGAAGAUCAAAUCGGGCAGCAUGGACGCCGAAUCGAUCAAGACCACCAAAAGUGCGCUCAGCCUUUUCCGAACGCCCUCACUGCCAAAGCGCCUCAAGUUUAAGCACAUCUCCGAUCUAACGCCGAAGAAAUCCUCCAACAAGGAACCGGUCAUCAGCGAAAAGAUGCGUCCGCUAGAUCUGGAACUGGACGCCAAACCACUGGAAAAGGGUGUCGAUUGCCCAUCGGCGACAAGCUCCUCCAGUAAGGUGCCGGCAAUCGUCCAGCUGUAUAACAAGAUCGAUGUCAACAAGGAAGCGCUGCAACGCGCCCGGGAGGAAAACGAGGAGCUGAAGGCCAAGGUACAGGAACUGCUAGCCGAGAAGCGGCAGGCCGAAGUUGAGAGAUGCAAUGUUUUGGCUGAGCGAGAACAUCAGAUCAUGCUGCUGGAACGCGAGCUGACCAGUAUUAGCAAGGCUGAUGAACUGUUACAAAGCAUUGCUGAGGGAUGCUUGGAGAAGGUUAAGGAAAAUGAGGAAGUAGUGAAGGUGCUACAUAGAGAUUAUGAGCGUCAGUUGAACGAAGUGCACGAUGCGAAGACAGAGCUGGAGAUGAGAUACGAAGAGCUGGAGAUGCGUUACUACAGUUUGCAAGAUGAGUAUCAUGUUUCGGAGGGAGAGAAUUAUUUGUUGAAUGAGGAGUUGCUGGAAGUUAAGGAUAUUCUGGAGGCGUAUGAUAUGCAACUGCAACGUAAGGUGGAUGAUAUCAAAGAGAUGGAACGAAGCUUGGAACAGCUGAUCAAGGAAGGUAAAGACUUGAAAGAGCAGGUCAACUAUUUCAAGUCGCAGGCGGAGGAAGAUAUGAUGCGUUACGUUGAAGAAAGCCGCUCUACGAUCCAUGAUAUGGAUAGGCUAAAGAAGGAGAACGAGAAGCUUUUAGCCCAGCUGACCGAGAAGAAUACCAUUGUGGAAGGUAUGCAAGAGGAGCUGAAUGAAAAUCAGUUCGAAAUGGAUGAAAUACGAGAUGAACUCCGGAAUGAGUUCAACCAAGAGUUGAGCGCUGUUAUCAAGAAGUACGAACAACAGCUGGCAACUAUGACGGAAGUCAACGAGAUGAAGAUUAAGGAAUGCGAUUCAAUUUUCGUGCUGGAAAAGUCAAAAUUAAUCAAGGAACAUUCGGAUAAAAUCAAGAAAAUGGAAAAGGAGCAUCUGAACGAGAUUGAGCGCAUUGGAGAACAAGCUGAAGAGAAAAUUAGAAUUUCCGAAGUCCAAUGCGAGGAAAGAAUGAAAGCACUUGAGAUGUCUAUCCAGAGUUCGAUCAACAAUGCCUUGGCUAAUGAAAAGGUUUUGUGGAAGAAAGAGCUAGAUAAAUGUCAGAAGAUUGCUGAAACUGAGAUAAUGCAGUGUGAGUUUGAAAAACGUGAUUUAAGGGCUCUGUGGGAAGCUUCCAACGAAGUUAUCAAAGAGCACGAGAAUAAAAUCGCUGAACUAGAGAGAAGACUCCUAGUUGAAAUGGGAGGAAGUACCAAAACGAAAGAGGAAUACGAACGAGAACUCAAAGACGCAACCAAAGAAAAUACCAAACUACAAACAGAAAAAUAUAACUAUCAGUUGACGUUGAAUAACACUCGCUCGACAGUUAACAUUUUAAUGGAAAGACUCAAAAAAUCGGACGGAGACGUUGAAAUGCUCAAAUCCGAACUUGAUUCCAUUUCAAAGAGCAAGGCAGAAAUUGAAACAGAGAACAAUAAACUGCGGGAGGAACUUGAGGAGUACAAACGAGUUCUGACGGCACUUCGGCUUUCGUCUAGUCAGUUGGAAAAAGAAAUGCGCGAAAAGGAAGAAAUUUUCGAAAAGAUUAUGACAUCGGAAGAGGAUGCUAUUCUGACCGUUUCACAAAUCGGCAAACUUUUCAACGAAAAGAUGGAGGAAAGCAUAUCACGCUAUCUGGAUAUGUACGAUGAGCUCAAGAAGAAGUACGACGCUCGGGAAGCUUACAUCCAAGACAUGAAGACACUGUUGGACGAAUUCGCUACCGGCAUUGAGCUGGCGCGCAUCGAACUAGACACCAAGGACAAGAAAAUCUUCGAACUGGAGAAUGAGAACAAAGACAUUAAGCUGGAGAAUAUGACCUUCCGCUUCAAAUGUGAACAAUUUGAAAAGUAUCAAAGCGAAACUCAUCACUCGCAAUCGUCGCCCGAAAUCCCUACCAAAGAUGAUGACCACAUUGUUUCGAAUCUUCUCAUCGAAAAUAUCAUCAACCAAUUGGAGAAGGAGAGCGAAAGCAAAACCCUGUCCAGCGAUCACAUCGAAUUGUUCCAGGAAGUCAUUGAAUUCCCGGGUGCUACCGAUGACUCGAAGGUGAAGGACUUGAAUGAAAAGCUAAAGGAAACCGAAGAGAAGCUACGAAUUGUCGAGCAAUUCUCCAAGGAAACCUCAGACAAGUACACUGAACUUUUGGAAAACCAGAACAACCGACAGAAGGUGAAGAACAUCGAAAACAACAAAGAUCAACAGCAGUUGAAAGCGAAAAUUGCCAAACUGCAGGAGAUCAACAAAAAGCAGGAGAAUACCAUCCAGGGUCUGCAGCAGCAGCUGUCCAGCUACGAUUCACCCCAGAAGCUAAACAUGUCCGGCAAGCUGUACGGCAUCGGUAGUCCGAAGACUCCCAAGAAGCUGAUCGCUUCCCCGUAUCCGGGCAAAGAAAAUCGCUCACCGGCUCCCGGAGUAAAUACGGCGGUUUACAGUCCCAGGGCAAAUGCACUUCGACCACGGAACAAUUAGGCUCGGACAUUUGUUGGUCUAAAAAAUAGUUUAAAUUUCUGAAGCGGAUUUAUAUUCAAAGAAAUUUCUUCAUGUAGUUGAUUAUGAUUGGAAUCUAAUAUUUAUUCUAAAAAAAAGCCUAAAAACUAAGCCAUUGGGAACAAUGAAAGACCAAAAGUGAUAGCAAAUUCGAUGCACAUGGCAAAUUAAUAAUUGUAAUGAAAAGAAAAUACACAUACAAACAUACUUUUAUGCACACCAUUAAGACAUGCACCCAGAGAAAAUAGUCAAAUAUGAACUAAAUUAUAAUAAACAUAAUAAAAAACUA